AUGCGCAAGGAUCUCAUCUUCCUGCCCAAAUAUAGGGAUGGUCUUGCCGUUUUCGACUCUUCUCUACUACAACAGCUCAUCAUACAAAAACGCUGGCUCAAUUACCUUGUUGAACCGCAGAAGUAUCCGUCCUUCCUGCUGCCCUUCCUGCUCUCACAUUUGUCCUUGCUCCCCGCGUCUUCAGACUUCCCCUACAUGGCCUUUUUGGAUGCUGAUUGCCGCAAAUCCCCUCUGCUACAUAAGGAUCUCUUCAUCUGGCAUUCCAUCUUUGCCUUGUAUGAUUACUUUGAGCUUAAUGACCUUCAAAAAGUUGGUGUCUUCCCACUCCAGACCAUCAUGCUGCUGCCGCUGCACAAACUCCUCACUGGGCUUAGCGAUGAUCACUGGCUCAGGCGUCACCCCAAGUUUCCCGCCAACAAGUUUUUGUUUUUCGAUACUUAUCAACAAAGGCUGCGUCUUCGUGUCGCGUCUGAAUAUCUCGCCUACCAGCAUCUCUGUGCCUCCCUGUACCAAGAAAUCUUAGUGUUCAAAACAGUUCAUCUGGUUCCUGGUGUAUGGCCUCACAUCCUGCAGCCCCCCUCCCAAUCCAGCUUGGACUGGGCUAGCCUUGAUUUCUUUGGUACUUUGGGCAUCACAGAUAAGUGGAAGCUGUAUCAUCCCGUCACAUAUCGCCAACAGCAACAACAGUUGGUCCCAUCAGAGCAUCGGUUCAGUAAUAUCAUGGUCAAAACAUUGUGGUCCUCUCCUGCCCACCCUACUGCCAGAACGGUUCUCUAUCAGGCACUGUCGCGAUGCAUCCCGCAUAAAACCAACCUGUGCACUAUUGGCUCGGUGGAAAACUCAAUCUGUCCCUUUUGUGCCCAAGGCAUUGAUACAUUGAGGCAUUUUGUCGUUGACUGUCCCGUCAAAUGGCAAUUAUGGCAAUCCAUCCUGUCUCAGUACUUCUCCAACUUUCCUCUGACCUCUGAAAUCAUUUAUGGCACAGUGCGUUAUCUGCAUCUUCCUCGCUUCAUCAAGGAUCGCUCCAAGCAUAUCACCGUCAUUUCUACCAUUUUCUGGCAAAUGUGGAAUCUGUACUGGCUUCACGGUAGCCAAAAUCCAUCACUCCUCUCAUCUGCCUCAAUUGAGCGCUUUCCCUCCAGGACAGUUUGUCGUAUUGACAAACUGCUCCCGACCAACACAUAA